GGAGGGGUGUCGCGGACUACCCAGAUCCUCUACCUCCCUCCUCUCUCUCUUCCUCUCCGGAGCCCUCCGACUUAGUCUCUUCUCCCUGCUGUCCUCCAAAUCUCAAAGCCAGGAUGCCUCACGCCUUUCCCUUUCUCACUCCUGAGCAGAAGAAGGAGCUCAGCGAUAUCGCUCACAGGAUCGUCGCUCCCGGCAAGGGAAUCCUCGCCGCAGACGAGUCCACAGGAAGUGUGGCCAAGCGCUUCCAGAGCAUCAAUGCUGAGAACACAGAGGAGAACAGGAGGCUGUACCGCCAGCUGCUCUUCACCGCAGACAAGUCCGUCGACGCCUGCAUCGGAGGAGUGAUCUUCUUCCACGAGACCCUGUACCAGAAGACGGAUGACGGCAAGCUGUUCCCCCAGCACAUCAAGGACAGGGGCAUGGUGGUGGGAAUCAAGGUGGACAAGGGCGUGGUGCCUCUGGCUGGAACCAACGGCGAGACCACCACACAGGGUCUGGACGGGCUGUAUGAGCGAUGUGCUCAGUACAAGAAGGACGGCGCUGACUUCGCCAAGUGGCGCUGCGUGCUGAAGAUCACCUCCACCACACCCUCCCGGCUCGCUAUCAUUGAGAACGCUAACGUCCUGGCCCGCUACGCCAGCAUCUGCCAGAUGCACGGUAUCGUCCCCAUCGUGGAGCCCGAGAUCCUGCCUGAUGGAGACCACGACCUGAAGCGCUGCCAGUACGUCACUGAGAAGGUCCUUGCUGCCAUGUACAAGGCUCUGUCUGACCACCAUGUGUACCUGGAGGGCACUCUGCUGAAGCCCAACAUGGUGACCGCUGGUCACUCCUGCUCCCACAAGUACAGCAACCAGGAGAUCGCCAUGGCGACCAUCACCGCCCUGCGCCGCACCGUGCCCCCCGCAGUCCCUGGCAUCACCUUCCUGUCUGGAGGCCAGAGCGAGGAGGAGGCAUCCAUCAACCUGAACGCCAUGAACCAGUGUCCCCUGCACCGGCCCUGGGCCGUCACCUUCUCCUACGGCCGCGCUCUGCAGGCCUCCGCCCUCAAGGCUUGGGGAGGCAAGAAGGAGAACGGCAAGGCCUGCCAGGAUGAGUUCAUCAAGAGAGCCCUGGCUAACAGCAAGGCGUGUGUUGGCAAAUACGCCUCCGCCGGCGGUGGAGCUGCUGCCGGAGAAUCUCUGUUUGUGGAAAACCACGCAUACUAACCUGGACACACCCCCAUUCCUCCCCUCACUUCCUCCACCCCUCCUGCCCUGCACCCCUCCUGCCCUGCACCCCUCCUGCCCUCCACCCCUCCUGCCCUCCACCCCUCCACCCCUCCUGCCCUGCACCCCUCCUGCCCUGCACCCCUCCUGCCCUCCACCCCUCCUGCCCUCCACCCCUCCACCCCCCGGGUGGCCACAGCACGACCGCCUCCUCUCUUGGCCUCUGAACGUCUGGCCUCCGCUACCCUGCCUGGGUGUGAGAGAGAGACCCUGAGAGUUCUGCCUCCAUUUCCUCCCCUUUUAUUUUUAAACACCUUUUUUCAAGUGAAGAAAUUCCUUGUGUCGUUUUUACCCAACAUGUGCUGUUAUUGCUCAGCGUAACCCCAGCAGGCAGUGUUUGCUGCUGCAAUAAAGUAUUUUAUCCACAA